AUGUCAAAGGACAUACGAACUUUGAUAAUAAAUAAAUGCCAACUAAGAUGGUACCAGAAAUGGACAUCAUACCACACUAAACUUAACCAAAUCAAACAUAAUAUAGACAAUUGGAUGUUUCCCUCAGAAAUACCAAGAAAAUUUGAAGUUAUACUAACAAGACUUAGAAUCGGACACACUCAAAUCUCUCACAGUUUUCUAAUGGCCAAGGAAGAACCACCAAUAUGCACAGCCUGUGGCGUUCAUGUCACCAUCAAACACAUUCUCACUGAAUGUCGAAUAUACCAAAACACGAGAACAUUUUUCAACCUCACUGAUUCAAUAGCGGAAAUACUACAAAAUAACCAUCAGUCAAUAUCCAACAUCAUCGAAUUCAUCACAGCGGCCAAACCCCAAACCAAGAUUUAUAAACCUAUAAUAAACUAGAUUAAUUAG